AUGCAGUAUACCUAUCUACUCGAUAAACUUGGGCUUAAAAAGCUCAAGAAUCCCGAAUUUGUCGCAAAAAUUCACACUUCAAUCGCACAAUGUCAAAAAACAUUUAACAGCACAGAAAUAAGCACAGAUAAGCAAAUAGAAACCUUUGAUUUUGAUACUAUAAAUGACGCCGAAUUCGAAACACUUUACUCAUCCCUAGUGAAUUCUGUUUUUUCAUUGGAUGAACCAUCGCAAAAUGCCACUCUAACUCACAAGUCCUUACAUCUCCUAAAAUGGAGCCAAAAUAAUUGCCAUUGGAAUGCCAUUUUUAGCGCAAAAAUCAGCGAUCUAGACCCGGCCGAGUUUAACAACAUAAUUUCUGGUUCUAAAUUUGAUAUCCUGAACUCGCUCUACCUGCCAUAUUGCAUUGCAUUAAAUUUACUAUUUCAAGAACCGCUCGUUGCUGAAUGCAUUGCCGAGCCCAUACUUGAGAGUUUUCGGUACAAUUUUGAAAACUCACGGAGCAAGUUAUCUCACUUUAACAAAAUUGAAAACUCAUUUUUAUUCAUCAAACUCCAAUUUUAUAUCUGCAUGGUGGCACUUGGCAAAUCGUGGAUCUCGCUUGAAGAGAAUAAACAAUUGCUAAUAAGUAACUUGAAGGUGCCAAACUCGAAUAUGUUGAUAGACAAAUUGCUUGAAUGGAACCCAGUGGAAUCCGUUGGGUUAGUACUAGCAAAGUAUUUCAAAAGGUUCAUUUUGACACGACUAUCAUACUUUGCAUAUGAUUACUUUGACACAUCUACUGAUUUUAUCGUAUCCGUAUCACAACUGGCAAAUAUGUCGGGAUUCGACAAUCUUAUUUUCAAUGGAGUAACUAAGAACCCUGAAAAUCUGAAAGUUUGUCGAAUACUCAUUGGUGGAUUGUUUAAUCUGGCAAUUAAGUGGAAUGAAAUAGACCAUAUUAGUUCCUUGGAGUUAUUGAGGAAUGAAAUAGUGCCUUCACUAACUGAAAAUAGCGAAUCUACAAUUGAUAUGAUUUCGCACUGGCAAAAUUUGCAAGCUGAUAUUAUAGAGGAGAUUAUACCUAAAAUAUUUGAUACGGGACUAAUUGAGGCGUUCAAAGAGCUACUUGCCACUAGUUGUAAAUAUUGCGAAUUACUGGGACGACCCGAAUCGUAUAUGGAGGCUACAAUUGGUGUUUUUAUCAAUAAAACACUAGAUUUGAUUAAGGCAGGGUGGAAUGAAAUAUUUAACAUCUUAGAUUCCAUUGAACAGAGCUCUAAGUACCUAAAAAUCAUAUCCGAUAUCGCAUCGUUGUGCGAAGUCAGUAAUAUCAAAUCACUAGUCCAGUUGGAAAAUGUGUAUUCUAUGAGAGAAAAAAUGCAUAAGAUCUUCAUCCUGUGUAUUGAUGAACAUUUGCAAGCUGAAUUAAAAUAUUUGCCAAGGAGGAUUGUGAACUUUGAUAUGUUGGAGGAGAGAAUUAAUGUGCUAGCAAGACACAUAUCUUAUCAGUCAUUUAGUGAAAUAUUCACUCAAGUGGCUGUAAAUACUCAAAAAACGGUCUUAGGAUACGUUAUUCCUAGCGACAAUCUGAUGGUUGUUAAGAACGAAUCGCACUUGGAACUUCUGUCUGAAAAUUUAAAACAAUUACAGCUUGUAAUACCUGUUCCCAUGCCUUGCAUAGUGGAACUAGUAUAUAUAUUCAAGCAUAGCGAUGAGGACAUAAAUGUGAAUUCCUUUAGUGCUCUGAGUGCUGUACAGGCAAACCAGGCAAUCCACCAAGCAUUGCACGCCAAGUUAGACUUUCAAGAUUUUGCUUUGCUACCAAAAAUAUCCAACUGA